AUGAUUUCUCGCGAGUUCGAGCGGGUUCCGCCUCCUCAUGCCUCCAUGGGCCAUUGGCUGCCCAAGGACCGAGCCCAUAUCAAACAAUGGCUUGCCACAAAGCUGGAAAAACUCGAGAAGAAGCAACAGCUUCAUAAAAAGGGAGUCAUCAAUCUCGACCCUAGCAUCAUCGCGCUCCAGCAACUCGUUGCGGCUAGCCCUAAUCUUACCAAACUUUCCAGUGACAUGUUCACCCAGAUCCCCCCUGCCUACCAGAAUGACCCGACUGGCAAGCCUCAAGUUCGCGACUUUGAAACAAUGCUUGGACUUGUCGACAUGAUCCUCAAAGAAGGACCACAGUGGUUUGACGUUCAGGAUCCGCCAACCGCGAUGGGCUUGAUUGGAUUCCCGAUCAAUGCGAUUCUCGAUUGGCCAAUGGGUACUCUAGCGGGCUAUCUCUUCUUCACGGACACCCAGGUUAACAGCAUGUGGCAAGGCAUCCUGAAUGUCUGGGGCACAUUCCUUGAGAGCCCGGCGUCUACCAGCUGUCUCAACCAAUCCAGUGGAUGGUUGUCUGCUGAAGCUCUGAACGUUCUUGCCGCCAAGGGCAAUGAUGGCAAGACGGACUACACAUUUCAGCAGCUCUAUGAGUGCAACCCAUCACUUCCGUUCUUCGGCUUCACUUCCUGGGACAAGUUCUUCACCCGAAAGUUCAACCCUGGGAUUCGGCCCGUCGCAUUUCCGGAUGAUCAGCCGACAGCAGAGCAGCCGGACCCGACGCAAGUCAUCGUCAAUGCUUGCGAGUCAACGCCUCUCCAAUUUGCCACCAAUGUCAAGCUACACGACUCCUUCUGGCUCAAAGAGCAGCCUUACUCGUUGGCUGAGAUGUUGGACAGUCAUCCCGAGACUGAGCAGUUUGUGGGUGGUUCAGUGUACCAGGCAUUUCUGAGUGCCUUGUCGUACCACUGCUGGCAUGCCCCGAUCUCUGGGAAAGUGGUUGACGUUCGCCAUGUCCCAGGGACGUACUACUCGGAGAACCUCUCGCAGGGCUUCGAAAAUGCAGAGUCACCCGAUGCCGCCGCCCCAAACAACUCUCAACCAUAUAUCUCCGCUGUGGCAGCACGUGGGAUCAUCUUUGUCGAAGCUGACAAUCCUCUUAUCGGGCUGAUGGGGAUUGUAUUCAUAGGGAUGGCGGAGGUGUCUUCAUGCGAGUUUACGGUCAAGGCAGGGGAUCGGAUCGACAAAGGUCAACUGAUAGGUAUGUUCCAUUUCGGCGGUUCAACCCACUGCCUGGUUUUCCGGCCGCAGACGAACUUGGCCAGUCACAACUUUGUCAACCCACCGCCAUGGGACCCCAAUGCCUCGAACAACAACCCAGUCUGUAGUGCUCUGGCUGUGGUUACACCGCCUCCAUCGAGCAGUUGA